AGACAGUAGAGUCUUUUUCUGCCAGGAAAAAUAAGAGUACUUGGUGUCUCACGCAAUUUCAGAACCUGAUUUCAAAAGGAUCAUAACACGGAGAAAAUAAAAUGUUAGACUGCUCUACAGGAUAUAUGUGUUAAUGGACUGUUUCUACAUGACUACACCAGCAUGAGAAAAACAAGAUUACCACUGAUUUGAAGCUUGAAAAAUGAGCGGGCAUAUCUGCUGGAUCUGUAAGCUAUGCAGAGCUAAGAGGUUCCCUUCAGAUCUUACUUUGGAAGAAGUUUUAGGAUGGGCCCAAUCUCUGGAAAGCCUGAUGUCUACAAGAUAUGGUCCAGUAGUAUACGCAGCAUAUUUAAAAUUGGAGCACAGUGACGAGAACAUUAAAUUCUGGAUGGCAUGUGAAACCUACAAAAAGAUUGCCUCACGGAGGGGCAGGAUUUCCAGGGCAAAGAAGCUUUACAGCAUCUACAUCCAACCACAGUCCCCUAGAGAGAUUAACAUCGACAGUUCAACAAGAGAUGCUAUCAUCAAAAGCAUUCAAGAACCCACUCAGACGUGCUUUGAAGAGGCUCAAAAGAUUGUGUAUAUGCAUAUGGAAAUGGAUUCUUAUCCCAGAUUCUUAAAGUCUGAAAUGUACCAAAACCUUCUAAAAACAGUUCAGUCCCAAAGCUCUUGAUUACUACCCAAAAAUUUAAACUGAAGAAGAUACAUUGUAAGUGUUAAAUUUAGAAAAAAAAUGUACAAAAUGAGAAUGAAAGCAGAAAUGAAACAGAAACCAAGCCAUAAAUUGAUUUCUAGUUCCCAAAGGAAAUGCAUUCCAAACAUACACAGUUUAUAGCCUACUUACAGAGAGGAAUUAACAGAGAAGGAAAAAGAAGUUAGCUCUCAUCAUACAAACACUUUAACAUUUUUCUAUACUAGGCAACUAAUGAUCAUUUUUUCAUUAAAGAAAUUUGGCAAUCAGCACAGAUAACUUGUUUUUAAACCAUUGUUCUGUGAAUCAUGUCUCUAUGUAUUCUACAGAUAAGCUUAGAAUAUCUUGAAUUAGUAUAUAAACUAGUCAUGGUAUAAUCAAUUAUAUUUUAGCUUGAGAAGUACUGAAAAAUAUGUUGAGACAAUUUAGCUAUAAAAUUUUCCCGGUAGGAUGUCCAUAAUUGACCUCCUAUGUCAUCUGUACCUUCUACAUGCUAAAUCAUUGUGAUGAAUCUAAGCACUUACUAUGUGUGAAUGAUUUUUCCUUUAUACUUCAUAUGUGCUUUGCUAUUCGGAUAUAAAAUUUUCUUUUACUUUGGGAUUAAUUUCCUUGCAAUAUGAAUUUAUUAUAGUGUUGGAAGGCAAUAAAUUUAAAAUUAAAAGGUUAUGUGCAUACUUUUUCAAAGACACCUUAUUGUGCCUUACAGUACAAAUCUCAAAGGGCCUAAAGUUUGCAAAAGUAAGAAAAUAGA